AACUGCUGCAAUACACUGAACACAAUAUACAUAUAAACACGUGGGUCAUCGUUGCCUUGUUCAAGCGAAUUAUUGAAAUUUUACCCGAAAUUUGAACGUUUUCAAUGAAAUUAUUGUAAUUAUUGUAAAUUUUCGAAAAUCUGUCGUUGUGUAAAAAUCCCAUCACCAUGAGUUCGUCGUCAUUUUUCUUAAAAGGAAAGCCAAAAUCGGCAAAAAAGCGGAAGAUGCCAUUGGAUAGUAAAUUUGGUAAAAAGAAUGAAUUACCAAAACCGCCAAAAGUUGAUCAAACCGAAGAUGACGAAGAGAUUCACAGCUCUGAUGAAGAUGAAGAGAAUAUGGCAACGGAACAGUUUUCGGAAGUUGAAGAUGAAGAAAUUGCCGAAACUCCACAAGAUAAACGGCUAAAAUUGGCCAAAUUGUAUUUGGAGGAAAUAGAAAAAGAGGAAAAAAGUCGAGCCGAAGAUCGGGAACUGUUGGAAAACAAUGUGUCACAACGUUUGACUGAUGAAUAUUUGGAUAGCAUUGGUAAACUACGGAGAAAAGUAGCCGAAACCUAUACAGGAUAUGAUGAAAAGAAUAUAGUACAAGUAAAGCAUAAGUUACACCAAUUGCCGGUGACAUGUGUUUGUCUAACGGCCGAUAAUAAAUUUCUGUUUACGGGAAAUAAAUCAGCCAUCGUGCUGAAGUGGAACUGUGACAGCAUGAAAGUAAUCGGCAACAUUGAUUGCAAUGUUGGGAAGAGUGUUGAUGAAAUUGAAAAUAGUAAGAAGAAACGACGACCACAGACCUAUGCACUGGCAGUCACAACUGAUGGCAAAUUUUUGGCAAUUGGCGAUAUGAGUCCAUACAUUCAAAUCUGGUGCUGCGAAAAAUUGACACAUUUACAAACAUUCAAGGGACACCGAGAUAUUGUUACAUCAUUAGUAUUUCGAAAAGAUACACAUGAUUUGUAUUCAGCAAGCAGAGAUCGUUCGGUAAAAAUUUGGUCACUCGAUGAAAUGGCAUACGUUGAAACACUGUACGGUCACCAGUCAGCGAUAACCUGCAUCGAUGCAUUGUCACGGGAGCGUGCCAUUACAGCUGGUGGUUCGGAUCGAAGUGUACGCAUUUGGAAAAUUGUCGAAGAAUCACAGCUAGUGUACAAUGGCCAUAGUGGCAGUAUCGAUAUAGUCAAAUUAAUCAACGAAGAGAAUUUCAUUUCGGCUGGAGACGAUGGGACGCUUUGUCUGUGGAGCGCAAUGAAAAAGAAGGCAUUAUGUUCCAAGGAGUUGGCUCACGGAAAAUCUGAUGAAAAUGAUCAAGCCAAUUGGAUUAGCGCAGUUGCGACAUUGAUCAAUACAGAUAUUAUAGCUUCAGGAUCAUGUGAUGGAGUGAUUCGAUUAUGGAAAUUGGGUGAAAAUUAUCGAGAAAUGUCGCUUUUGUUUGAGGUGCCUGUCCGAGGUUUUGUAAACAGUUUAGCGUUUACAAAUGAUGGAACAAAAUUGAUAGCGGCCGUUGGCCAAGAGCAUCGAUUGGGCCGAUGGUGGCGAAUCAAGGAAGCCAAAAAUUCCAUCAUAGUUAUACCAUUGUUGAAAAAAUCCUCAUAAAAUGAAAGACUAUGUAUCCAAUUAAUUGUUAAAAAGAUUAAAUAAAAAUAACAAAUUCUAUAUUUUUUUCUUA